CCUGCAGCCGGCCCCGCUAGUUGGUCGGCCGGUCCGCAGAGCUGCGCGCGCAUCGCUGCGGUCCGCUCAGCUGAGCUGGCGUGGAGUCGGCCCGGUGUCGCGUGCGCUGCUGGCGUAAUUGUUGCGCGGUUUAGCAGCUGCAGAUUUGCUGCCGAGGUGAAAGUUUCCGUCAGUGUAACGUACUGAGCCGAACAAUGCGCGCCCCGAUGGGAACUCGUCCCACGCCCUCGCAGUAUUUCACUGCAGCCCUGUCGGGAGAAUGUGUUUUGGACCGUUAUUAUCGCCCUGGUGCCGCCAGCGAAUGAAUACAAUAGUGCGCGUGAGAACGCGUUUUGUUUUCGUCUUCAUGUGGAGUGUCAAAACUAUUUCUUCUUAGAAAAUCGAAAUGGAUAUCUUGCUGCCGUUCGACGAAAGUGAUGAGAGAAGCAUGCUAGAAGACCUGCAGCUGGCGGCAGAGCUGGGCAAGACGCUGCUGGAGAGGAACAAGGAGCUGGAAGGAUGCAUCAAGCAGCAGGGCGGCGUCAUAGAGGACCAAGCUCAGGAGAUAGAGUACUUGACGAAGCAGACGGCAGCACUGCGAGAGGUGAACGACUCGAGGCUGCGAAUCUACGAGCAGCUGGAAGUGAGCAUCCAGGACCUGGAGAGAGCCAAUCAGAGGCUUGUGCUGGAGAAUGUUUCAGACAAGAAACAUAUCAAAAGCCUGUGUGUGACCAUCGACACGCUGGAGGCACGCUGCGAGGAGCUGCAGGCGGCAGUGCAAGGGCUGCAGGCGGUGCAGCGCUGCGACAAGCAGGACCAGGCGGUGCAGCAUCGCUGCACAGACCUGCCGCAGGUGGGAGACGCGGACCAGGUGUCGGGGCUCCAGGGUAAGCUCCAGGACCUGACGCAGCAGCGAAGCCGCGACCGCACCAAGCUGCUGGAGCUGGAGGAGCAGCUGGCUGCCGCCCUGCAGGAGAACUCCAAGCUGGAGGACCAGUUGUCACUCUUGAGGCACAAGCAGGAGGAGGUGUUGACCGGGGACGAGCUUAGACGCGGUUAUGUGUGCCCGCGUUGCCUCAAGAAGAUGGGUUUGGUGGAUGACAACAUGAGCGUUGCCAACUCAACAAGCAGCGAUGCCCAGAGCAGUGCCGUCAUGCAGCAGAUAUGGGACUCUCAGGAUGAAAAUGCAUCGGUGGACAUGGCGUACCAGAACCUUAUGGAGCAGUAUGAAGCACUACUGAAGAUGCAGCAAGGUUCACCAGCAAAGCAACAGUCAACUGGUGAGAACUGCCUGUCACUGCAGGAUGAACUCCGCUUGUCAGGUGACUUCAAUAGUUUCAACAGCAAGAAUGAGACAGAAGGAAGUUCGAACAGCUUGGAUCACCAAGAAAACGUUGGCAAAGUCAACGGUUUCACAAAGAACAAGGUUCACAAGGCCUUCUCCGGCACCCCCACGGAGUUUUCCGAGGCAGAAACUUCAUCCUCUGGAUUUUCCGACGAGAUCAGCAACAAAGCCACGCAGACGGAAAAGUACUUACCAGGCUACUUCCUGUGCUCCGUCGCAGACGGCGAUGACUGCAGGAUCAGCAUCUACGAUGACAUCAACCCGGUGGAGAGUCGCUUUCGCAAGACCCCAGAGUACAAGCAGCUGUUCCGGGAGAUAUUUGCAGUGCUGAAGAGGGCCGCGGAGGAGAAGACAGAGUGUGAACAGGCCGCUGCCCUCAACUCCGCCCCUGCAGUUUCAUCGCAGGCUGCAGCAGCGGAGCCCAUGCCGAAGGCCGAGGAGAAGCCUCCCUCGGCAGUGCAGCAGUCGAAGAGGAGCCAAGACAACACUCGUGCAAAGACGACUCCGAAGCUGCCAGUGAAGGAUGUCCUCGUGGACAAGGAUGCCCCCACGGACAAGGAUGCCCCAAGCUUGCCAAACGGUGAAGACAGGUGCGGCCCUCAGAAUGAUGGCAACCCGGUGGUCCAGAGGAACACGGACUCCCCCAAGCCCAAACACGAUAUCCUAGAGUACUUGGCUCUGGGUUCAGGCCGCAAGAAGUCACACAGCCGGAAGAACUCCCCUGCGAAGGGGCCACGGGGCGUCGAGAAGGUGGAGCGGAUGGAGGCGAUGGCAGCGGUCGGCAGCUGUGUGGCUCGGCUGCAGGCCGGUAGCAACAGGCAGGGUGGGCGUCGACGGCGGGACACACGUGUGUUCGAGAACCAGAAUUACGCCCGGGACAGGAGUGUCCAGAAGGUAGAGUCGUGGGACUUCCAGCCACAGCCAUUCGUCAGCGCCGCCUCCCAGGAGGUCGCCAAGCUGAGGCGUCUCGAGAAGUCAUACGCAGAAGUGCUCAGGCUGGGGCCGAAGAAUCCCAACCCACGCCCGCCAUACAACAAUAGUUAUCGCUGUUAGUUCAUCUUCGUUCUCUUUCCCCUUAAGUGUACAGAUUCUCUAUCAUGGCCCACAUGUUUCAUCUAAAUACUCAAAUACUCUGUGUGACAGUCCUUUGGGAUAGGAAUAAAUGUGUAACUGAAUGAAAAUAUUAGUAUAGUCGUCGCAUGAGUCAUAAUAAAUAACUUGUUUUAUGUGUCGCAAAUGAUCUUAAUAAAUUCGAAGUAUGUAUAUGUGUCAACUAAAAAACUUUUUAUAAAAAAAAUUUGUUUUAUUAAAGCUAUACCUUAAAAAGUGCUCAUAAUUAU